AUGCCUUCCUCGCUCCCCCAAAUCCCAAACUUUGCAGAGAGUGACGAGGCCUCGACUAUUGUCCCUUCGACCUCUGACGGUAAUGAUAAUGCAUUUUUCUCAGACAAACGCUCAGUGCCUAGCACAUCUUUAGAGAGCAUCCGGCCUGAGAGUAAGACUGAUAACAAAGGAUUGAAUGUUUCCACUGCCCCAGUUACGAUUGCCAAUGCAGACAUUGAGAAGGGGACUUCAGCUUCUUCAGUGACAAAAAGAGUUCCAGAAGGGUAUAAGGAGUAUGAUGACCCUAAUAUUGUGUAUUGGGAUGGUCCAGAUGACCCUGCACAUCCAGAAAAUUGGUCAUCGACGAAAAAGAUCGUCAUUGUCACCUCCAUUGGCCUUAUUACACUACUAACUCCUCUCGGAUCCUCCAUGUUUGCACCUGGAGUCGGAGAAGUGAUGAAAGAGUUCCAUAACUCCAGUCCCGAGCUUGCAUCUUUCGUGGUAUCCGUCUAUCUACUGGGAUUUUCUUUUGGCCCUUUGAUUAUUGCACCUCUCUCUGAGAUGUACGGCCGGGUUCCAUUAUAUACUGUCUGCAACAUUCUCUUCGUGGUGUUUAACAUUGCUUGCGCCGUCGCCAACUCUCUUGGUUCGCUAAUUGGCUUCCGUUUUUUGGCUGGUGCUGCAGGCAGUGCACCUCUAACUAUUGGUGCUGGAACCAUUUCUGAUAUGAUUCGACAAGAGAAGCGAGGCGGUGCUAUUGCUGCGUGGGCUCUUGGACCGUUACUUGGACCGGUUAUUGGACCAGUUGCUGGGGGAUUCUUGACUGAAGCGUUGGGAUGGCGAUGGACCUUCUGGGUUCUUUCCAUUGCGGCCGGUGCUGUUACUAUCAACACGUUCAUCUGGCUCAAUGAGUCUUAUCACCCAACCAUUCUGGCCCGCAAGACCAAACGACUUAUUAAGGAAACUGGAAACACCAAUCUCAAAUCUGCUUUAGACUCCGGGCUACAGCCAAAGGAGCUCUUCAUUCGUUCAAUCAUCCGCCCGACGAAGAUGCUUUUAUUCUCUCCCAUUGUUUUCCUACUUUCUCUCUAUGCAGCUGUUGUAUAUGGAUAUCUCUACCUUCUGUUCACAACCAUCUCUGGUGUCUUUAUCGGAAAAUACCACUUUACUCAGGGCGUGGGAAUUGGAUGUCUACUAGGCUUGGGCAUUCUUGGCGCAAUGUCUGACCGUCUGCUCAAAUCCCUAGCUGCUAAGAAUGGUGGUGUCAUGAAGCCUGAGUACCGUCUUCCGCCACUCAUCCCUGGCAGUCUUUUUGUGCCAAUCGGCCUCUUCUGGUAUGGAUGGACUGCUGAGAAAGGUGUUCACUACAUGAUUCCUAUCGUCGGAACUGCAUUCGUUGGAAUUGGCAUGAUAUUUACCUUUAUGACCAUCUCCACUUACCUAGUUGACGCAUUUACUCUUCACUCUGCUAGUGCACUUGCCGCCAACACGGUCCUUCGUUCUAUCUUUGGUGCAGUACUACCCCUUUGUGGUCAAAGGAUGUACCGUGCCCUCGGUCUAGGAUGGGGUAACUCCCUCCUUGGAUUUGUCGCCCUGGCCCUAGCACCACUUCCAGUUGUCUUCUACGUAUAUGGAGAACGCAUACGUACGAGCAAACGAUUCGCUAUUAAUCUCUAA